AUGAUCAAAGCCAAAACGUUGCCGAGUCGAAAAUUAAUUUUAACUUUUAAGGUAAAAAUUAGAAUGACUACGAAUGCUUGAUUACAUUUUCGGCGUUAUCUCUAAAGGUUGUGUUGUAAUUUUUUUCAAAUCUUCAUUAAUGUUUUUAGAAUUUUGAAGUUUACCCAAUGGCAUCUGGUUUGACUGCUUGGCUGUUCCUACUUUCUAUGAAAGGUACGUAAUAGGCUCCAAACUUUGGUUUCCUCCUGUAGAAAUUUGGGAUCAAUAAGGAACGGCCUGACUACUAUAGCGCGAAGAGUUUAGAACUGAUAGAGCUAGCAAGUAUAAAAUUGGUCUAGUUUAGGUUUCCACCUGUAGUAACACUGGAUCAAUAAAAGAUGAUGCUUACUGGACCUCUAAGAAGAACAGUUUAGAACUGAUAGAGCUAUCCAGCAUAAAUAAAGUUAGUUUAGUUUAGGUUUCCUCCUGUAGUAUCACUGGAUCAAUAAGAGAUGAUCCUUACUGGACCUCUAAGAAGAACAGUUUAGAACUGAUAGAGCUAUCCAGCAUAAAUAAAGUUAGUUUAGUUGAGGUUUCCUCCUGUAGUAACACUGGAUCAAUAAGAGAUGAUCCUUACUGGACCUCUAGGAAGAACAGUUCAGAACUGAUAGAGCUAUCCAGUAUAAAUAAAGUUAGUUUAGUGUAGGUUUCCUCUUGUAGUAACACUGGAUCAAUAAGAGAUGAUCCUUACUGGACCUCUAGGAAGAACAGUUCAGAACUGAUAGAGCUAUCCAGUAUAAAUAAAGUUAGUUUAGUUUAUGUUUCCUCUUGUAGUAACACUGGAUCAAUAAGAGAUGAUCCUUACUGGACCUCUAGGAAGAACAGUUCAGAACUGAUAGAGCUAUCCAGUAUAAAUAAAGUUAGUUUAGUGUAGGUUUCCUCUUGUAGUAACACUGGAUCAAUAAGAAAUUAUCCUUACUGGACUGCUAGGAAGAACAGUUUAGAACUGAUGGAAGCUAUCCAGUAUAAAUAAAGUUAGUUUAGUUUAGGUUCCUCCUGUAGUAACACUGGAUCAAUAAGAGAUGAUCCUUACUGGACCUCUAGGAAGAACAGUUUAGAACUGAUAGAGCUAUCCAGUGUAAAUAAAGUUAGUUUAGUGUAGGUUUCCUCUUGUAGUAACACUGGAUCAAUAAGAAAUUAUCCUUACUGGACCUCUAGGAAGAACAGUUUAGAACUGAUGGAAGCUAUCCAGUAUAAAUAAAGUUAGUUUAGUUUAGGUUCCUCCUGUAGUAACACUGGAUCAAUAAGAGAUGAUCCUUACUGGACCUCUAGGAAGAACAGUUUAGAACUGAUAGAGCUAUCCAGUGUAAAUAAAGUUAGUUUAGUGUAGGUUUCCUCUUGUAGUAACACUGGAUCAAUAAGAAAUUAUCCUUACUGGACCUCUAGGAAGAACAGUUUAGAACUGAUAGAAGCUAUCCAGUAUAAAUAAAGUUAGUUUACACCGGAUCAGUAAGAGACGACCCUUACUGGAUCACUCAUUCACUUGGCUCUUGCUAUAUGUAUGACUUGUUAAUACGGUUUUCUCGCUCUUCUGUAGGAUGUUUUGCAAAUACCAUCUCGUUCAAUGGAACUUCUUCAACUUUAUUGACCACCAUCGUACGACCAAGCUCUCUGGCUGUACCAAACCUUGCUAACACCUCAACAGCAUUGCCAACUGCGACUAUUUUGCUGUCUACAUUGCACCCUAAACUUAAAAUGAAUUUUUCAUCUUCGUCGAUUCUGCAAUCUCAGCCAAGUGAAACAAUAUUUUCAAAAAAUAGUAGUAUGUAUACCAUAGUUUCCAUAGCUGAACUUCACCAAACUCCUUUUCUCCGGGUAAACCGAAUAGAAAAAUAAAAGAAGAUCCUUACUGGAUCUAUAUUGGGAGAACAGUUUAGAACUGAUAGAGCUAUCCAGUAUAAAUAAAUUUAAUUUAGCUUGGGGUUUUUCUUGUAGUGACACUGGAUCAAUAAGGGAUGAUUUUACUGGUCAGGACCUCUAUGAGAACAGUUUUAAAGUAAAUUGAUAAAGCUGAUGACUUUACGGAACCUGUAGAGAGAAAUAGAUAAAGUUAGUUUAGUUUUUACAAUUUUCAUUCCAUGUCUUUUAGGGAUAAUCGAAAGCAAACUAACAACCAUCCAUCAUACUGGAACUAACACUUCUUUAACAACGCGGACUUUAUUGACAACUCCUCUAAGUGGCAGCAUCUCAAUUCCAUCUGCUCUUCCCAAAGCCAACAAAACUGAGUCCUUCAAUAGUUCACUGUGGACAGUGAAUUCAUCGUCGCCAUAUAUUUCAACACGGACGGUGUCUAUACAACAAAACUUGGCAACACAUCAGGAAUCGUCAAGUGUACAAUUUUCAUCGAGCACAGUUGUUCCUACCGAAGGAUCUAAUAGUAUGUUUUACAUCGUUUAUGUUUUACUUCACACGGCAUCCACUCUUCUGUGAGUAGAGAGCUAUUACGCGGACGUGACAAAAAAACACAUCUAGUACGCGGACGUGACAAAAAAACACACCCUAAACUCGCAGUGUCAGUAACACGGGUAAAAAAUAUGGAUUCUUUUUGUCAACAAAGAAGGAUACAGGUGAAAAACAAAUUUAAACUGGUAACAAAUCCAAAAGAAAAGCAUAAGUAACUGUCUUUUUGUCACGUCCGCGUACUAGAUUUCGCUCAUCUUUAGUUCGCUAGUAAGUAAGUGAGUAAAGUGGGAGUGUGCUAGUCAUCUUGCAGCAGAGAGCUAAACUGAAUUGCGAAGGACGCAGCUCAACCUGAUCCAGUCGAAGGCUUACUAAGGACGCCUCUGGCAGCCACUUUAUGACUCAUGUCACCACACUGAGCACAGCUACGGUGAAAGGGUCAGUUUGAGGCGUAUCCCAACCCACCCUGUCAACACUGCCUGUGGGAGGAAACUGCAGUACCCGGAGAAAACCCACGACUUUCGGUAGAGUGUUGACUCACUCUUUUCACAUAAGGGACCGGUCAUUAUUUAUGGUGGGGGGUGGCACCGAAGAGAAAUGUUUUUUGAGGGAAAAAUUUUGCCAACCAUUAAAAAGUCAAAAAUUUGAUUACCCAACCUCAAACAUCAAUUAAAAAAUAAAUACCCACCCCUGGCCAAAACCUUUACAAAAGGAUUCAGUUGUCACACAUGUCCUUUUAAUUGCCAGUUUUGUGUGAUGAGUUUGAUAACGGCUUGUGAAAUUUUCUGCAAUCUAAUCUUUCAUAUUGUCUGCACAUGUAGUUUCUUUGGAGACACCACUUGUCUCCUGACAAAUCGGAAAAUGUUGAAGAUAGUGACUUGAUUCACAUAUUGUAUUGACAUAUGAUUGUUGACAUUGCUUUUUAGUCUCCAAUAUUUCAGUGAGUCAUGCUUUGGAAAUGACAAUAUUUUUUUAUUACCCAACCCUUGAGUUGUUUUGUUUUUCAUUUACCCAACCUUUUACUUACUCAAAAUUUUGUUUACCCAACCCUUUUCUCUUCGGUGCCACCCCCAGCCAUAAAUAAUGACCGGUCCCUAAGUGUCGUGGGGAGCCAAAUCGAACCCACAAACUCAGUAGUGAAAGGCAUCUGAUAAUUACGCCAACGAAGCCAUAAUCAUCAAUGUGGACUCGUAUGAAAACAGUCAGUCAGUUCGUCAAUGAAUGCAUGCUGGCUUUCCAGAAUUCAAGUUCAACCAAGUGAGUGUAAAACGCAUCUUUCAGUUUGUCAAAGCUCUAUCGAAAGUCGGGUACUCGGGUUUUCUCUCACAGAGAAUGUUGAAAGCAUUCUUAACUACAUAUUUUUAAUGUGUUUGCAGAAAUAUUUGUGGCUGAAAUACGGAUUCUGAACGUGACAUUCAGCUCUGAACUGGAGGACCAGAGCUCACCUCGGUUUCGAAACCUAUCUUUAACCACCACUAAUUCGGUAGGUGUGCUUAUGUAAAGCUAGCAGAAAGUUUUUGGAGUUCAGAGCUUAUUGGUGGUUUCACUAAGCAUAAUAGAUAAGCAUAAUAGACCUUAUGCAUAAAGAAAAAUUAAACAAUUCAAAAUAGCCACUAUCGAAAUUUUCCCGGACGAUGACUACUAAGACCAGCAUUCCUCACGGGCAUCAAGCCUUGUGACGUCAUUAAGGUCAAUUGCGCAAAAAUUUACAAUAGAAUGUAAAAUUAUUGUGUUUAAUAAUUACGGGAACCACUCAGUAUUUUAAGAAAAUACAAAAUAACAGUAACUCCAAAUAACAUUUUGAUUUGUAAUCGACGUUUCGACUAGUUUGUAGUCAUCCUCAGGAUUAAUAAUCAAUUAUUAAUCCUGAGGAUGACUACAAACUAGUCGAAACGUCGAUUAAAAAUCAAAAUGUUAUUCGGAGUUACUGUUAUUUUGUAUUUUAUUGUGUUUAGUUAUGAUCUAUGAACAAAACUCCUAUAAUACAAAUUAUGAAUAUAAAUCUGAAACCUAAAUAUAUUGAGGUUACUCAAAACGGAGCAACCAAAAGUUGCCGACUAAUUAGCAGUUCACUUUAGUUUAUAAAUAUGAGCAGGAUAUAAAUUAGAUAUAAAUCUAUUUAGAUAUAAAUCUAUUUAGAUAUAAAUCUAUUUAGAUAUAAAUCUAUUUAGAUAUAUAAUCAUACGAAGGGUAUAUAGAAUUAAAAUACUCAUUAAUAAUUCAUAAACCUUGUGGCAAAUCAUGUCAGCCAUAAUAUGUCACGUGGAGUGACUUUAUAUCUGAUAAAACACAUGUGGCAUUAUAUAAUUGUUCAUCCUAAUUAGCAUGAUUAUAUAAUUGUUCAUCCUAAUUAGUAUUCUUUUUGUAGUCGUAUUUUAAGCUAUUCAAAACACUCGUUGUUGUGUUAUAUCAGAUAUAAAACGCUCGGCUGCGCCUCGCGUUUUAUAUCUGAUAAAACACUCCUACGCGUGCUUUAAAUAGUACAUAUUUUCUAUCCAAUUAUUCACGUAUUUCCAUGAUGUAUUUUAGGUCGAUCACGUUAUGAAAGGAGAGAAAUAUUACAAAGAAUGUAAAGUUACUGAAAUACGGUAUUGUGCAUAAAAUGACAUCUACUACAGUAAAACCCCGCCCUAGAAUUUAAGAACCUGUUAGACUAAAAUAUUUUAUUUAGACCCCCUUUAAAUAAGAAUCUGUUCAGGCUAGAAUUUCAAAAUAAAUUCUUAUAUUAUCAAAUACAGUCAAAAUUAAGUCAUACGUUGCAAUCAGUGUAGCUUUAAAGUGCGUAUAUAGGGUUGGUAUAGUGCAUAUACUGUCAUUUUUUAGAUCAUUUGUUGAUAAUUUAUAUAAAUCAUAUACCAUACCUGAUACCUCCCUAAAUUGAGUCGCUUUUCUCUUAAGAAAAUAAGCAUCUAUUUAAGAACCUGUUUAGCCUAAUUUCCUUGCUGCUUCCAUUUACAUAAGAAGCUGUUUAGGCUAACUUGGAAAAAUCUAGGUUCUUAUAUGCGGGGUUUUACUGUACAUAAUCUUAUUUGAUCAUCGGUAACAAGGCAAAGGGUUCUAAAACCGAUAUCUUAAUCCCGAAAACGAGGCUUCAUAGUCACGGCUUUUCCGGAAGAGUGUAUUACUAAUUUAGAGCCUUUCAUAAGUUUCUGUUUUUAUCAGAUCCGACAGCGGGGUGGUAAUAAAAUUGGAAAUAACCAUGGGAGUAGGAUCAAGCAAUAAUGCUGACAAGGCGUUAGAACGUCUUAAAAAGGCUGUCAAGUCAGGACGAGUUGGAAGUGUGGAUGUUGAUUCAACUAACUAUUCUUUUUGGCUGAAAAGUUAGUGUAUCUUCUUCUUUGAGAGAAUCAUGUAUUUUACUUAUUUAUAAACAUAUUUACAAAUCGACCGUAGCAUUAAGGUUAAAAAGAGCCAGUGUAAUGUAGGUAGUAUUCCACAGUAUUCCACAGUAAGCCGCCGUUGUAAACAUUGCAAAUACGUCGGCGUUUCCAACUCUUAUGAACUCGAAUAAUCUGUGCCAGUGUUCUACAGUGCAGUGUAGAAUACUACCUACACUGGACCACCACGCUUGAGAUAUCUUUUCCAGGUAGUUCAGACACAAACCACGGCAGGUUAUUGUAUAGAAUACUACCUACACUGGACCACCACGUUUGAGAUAUCUUUUCCAGGUAGUUCAGACACAAACCACGACAGCUUAUUGUAGAAUGCUACCUACGCUGGACCUCCACGUUAAGGCAAGUCUAUUUACUUUUGUAUUUUUUAGCCCCAGAAGACCCUUCAACCCGCGAGAAUCUGUUGUCAGGUCAGCUGGCGGGCGUCGCUCUGAUAUUAUUUAUUCUGGUGGUACUUCUGUUAAUCAUUUGUCUGGGUAAUUUCGCUGAUGAACCUGUAUUCAACGAACGUGAACUGUUCACAGAGGAGGUCAGUAUGGAGAACCUAGGGAGAGAUAAGGAUAAUCAGGAUAAACAAGAAGAUGAAGAGUGGAAAUUUGAUCCCCUGUUUGCGUGGUCGCCAAGGAAAUCGUUUGACUCAAAACUGUAG